GGAAACCUUCACACGAUCAUCAGCUCUUCUAGCGAACGGGUCACUUUUUUUUGUGCUCUCCUUUGAAUUAUUUUCCGUCCCCCGAUUUGGUCUCCCCCCUCAAAAUUUCCAGUUACGUGUCUUCCCCCUUCAAAUUUUCAGCUACGUGUCUUACCUUGACCUACGAUAUCAUCGUUGAGUGUAAAUUUUUGGUUUAUCCAUCGUGGUUUGCUUUCACAGUUCGUCAGUCAGGAGAGGGCAGAGACUCGGUGACGUAUCGCUCAUUUGGCGGAAGUAGGACAACGCUGUAACAUAGUAAAAUUUUUAAAUAGUCUCUCCUAUUGGUCACGGGAAUGUCGGAGAAUCAUAGUCAAGCUCAUUCGUCGGAGUCCGCCCUCGGUGCUGCGGGGGGCGCUCGCCUUAACGAGUCUGAAAACGCGGGGGUGAGCGUAGCGCCAAGGGUUAUGGUGCCAAGUUUCAUUGAUCCCACUACAAUUAGACCGAACAACAAUACAAGCUUUCUACUUCGGUUGGGAGGGCCCCCACCACUGAAUGCCCCUCGUCCCCCUCGCCCCUCGUCCCCAUCGCAUAGGCCUAUUGAGGAAAACCGACUCAGACCAAUCGGUCCAGGUAACCACGACCGAGCGUGGAAUGACCCUCCGAUGUUCUCUGUAGAUGCAAAUACUCGACCGUCUGGGCAACGGAGCAGAUUAAACGAAAGAGUCGCCUUUCCCAUGAAUGGAACUCCUUCCAAUUCGGCAGGUGGUUAUUACAUCAAUCCACCAUCCGACCUACCUGGUCCGCGACUCUUUGUACCUGCGCCGCCCGUCGCAUCAGCCACGCCACCAAUGGCACAAAUGAUGGAAGAGCCCAGGCCGUUCAUUCCGGAGCCACCACCACCUCCUCCUGGAAGCGGAGAUUUUGGGCGUCCGGUUUUGCUUUUCUACGGGAACCUGCCUCAACCAAUUACAGCCCCACAUACCAUUACGGUCCCUGCUGGCAGAACUUUGCUAAACCACCCCAAUAUUCUAAAUGACUCGUAAAUUUAAUUUCGUACGUGAACAACCAAACUCAUUCUGAGCUAAAUUAUUGUGCUAUAAACUUUUCACACAAACUGUAAAAUUCGUGCUUUAAUCGCAGCCCUAACAAUUAGCGAAAAAAUAUAUAAAACCUGAUAUCAACAUUUUUGA